UCUUCCGGUUUCCUUUAUCUGACUCCUAAGAUGGCGGACCGGCGACGGCGAAGGAGGCGCGCGUCCCAGGACAGCGAGGAGGACGAUGAAUCUGGUUCGGGAUCAGAAAGUGGAAAGUCCCUUUCAACGACAAAGCCCCGAGUACGGGACCCUGAACCAGUUGAGGCACCAGCUGUUCGUGUGGUGCCGAAAAAUGAUGCUGAAUCCGAGUGUGAAAGUGAAGAUGGUGUAGGAGAAGCUGUCCUUUCUGACUAUGAAAGUGCAGAUCCUGAGGAGAAUGGCUCCCAUUCAGAGGGAGGUGAGGAGGAGGAAGAGGAGGAAGAAGAGGUCCCUCCACCGGCUGCUGGACCCAAACCCACUCCUGCUGCCGACACCCCUGCUGUGGAGGAGCAGCUGCAGGAAGGAGGGGGGAAGGAAGAGGAGGUUGAGAAAGGUGUAAGUAAAGAAGUGAAGUGUGAAGAUAAAGGCAACCUGGCAGGGGAGCGGCAAAGCGGGGAUGGACAGGAAAGUACAGAAGACUCUGAGAAUAAAGGCACUAAACCAGGCCAGAAGCUGGAUGAUGACCAGGAUCGUAAUAACCCAGCCUAUAUCCCCCGUAAGGGAAUGUUCUUUGAGCACGACGUCAGAGGAAACGCACAGGAGGAGGAACGGCCUAAGGGUCGUAACAGGAACCUGUGGAAGGAUGAGGGUCGCUGGGAACACGAUAGGUUCAGGGAGGAGGAGCAGGCGCCCAAGUCACGUGAGGAGCUGGUUUCAAUCUACGGCUAUGACAUCCGCAACGGAGGUGGCUCCAAUGACCGGUCCUAUAGACAGCGCAAGCCCAGACACAGCACCUCUCCCGUCCGGGACAAGCGCUGGCGGGAUGUAGACGGGGAGAGGCCCGUCCAUACCUCCUGGCAGCAGGGAGGGAACCCCAACAGCCGUAGCGCCCCCCCAGCCGUGGCCCUGCAGCAGUCUGGUCCUCCCCCCUCAGCAGCCCCCAACACCCAGCGCACCAACAACCCCCCCAGGCCCUCCUCCCACCCCCCAGCCCGGGGCUUCCAGGGCAACCGCCCCCCCCAGGCCCAGCACCGGAAUGACAGAAACCAGGAGUCCCAACGGCCAGGCCCUAAGGCCCACCCCGCCGAGCCCCUCCAGACCCGGAGCCUACCGCCCAUGGACGGCGAACGAGGCCCCAGGAGCCGGGGGAACAGAGGGGCCCAUACGGAGCGCAGCCCUUCAGUAGUGGUGGAGGAGGUCCGCAGCGAGGAGGAUGACGAGCGCAACACCACUACUGUGACAACGUCACAGUCCGUGUACCACAAUCGCCACUACAGUGGCAAAGGUGAUCGAGAAAGGGACUCUGCACCGCUACGACGACAGGAGCAGCAGCGAGGGGGAUCUGCUCCUCCGGCGGACAACCCGGUUACCCGCGAUGCCUCCCCGGCUCCGGAGCGGCCCGUGGAGAAGAAGUCGUACUCCUUAGCCAGGAGGACUCGCACCCGGGCCACUGAGCUGGGCAAGCAGGCCUCUGUGGAGGAGCCUGCCUCCACCGUGUCUUCCUCGGCCCUGAAGAGUGAGCCCUGGCAGGGCCCCGGUCAAAGCCCGGGGGAUGCUGGAGACAGCAGCCAGGGCAGCCAGGGGACAGGACUCACAGGGCUGGACCAGGACCUGGCCAGACUCAGCCUGGCUGGACAGAACUGGGCCCAGAACCCAUCUUCGUAUCUUCGCGCUGAGAUGAGAGGCAUCCCUAACUCUAUGCACAUGGGUGGAGCACCUCCACAAUACAGUAACAUAGAAGAGCUGGGAGCUGGUAACCGGGCAAAGCGGUACUCGUCCCAGCGCCAGAGGCCAAGCCCCGAGCCCGCUCCUCCUAUGCACAUAGGGGUCAUGGAGGGUCACUACUAUGAGCCCAUGUCUUAUCAAGGACCAAUCUAUGCCCACGGCGACAGCCCCGCCCCCCUCCCACCCCAGGGCAUGCUGGUCCAGCCUGAGAUGCACCUCCCCCAUCCCAGGCACCCAGGUUAG